UGGCGUCCCAUGCUCCUUCUUGCUGUCCCCGAGUCUCGCCUCGCUCCGCCGGCCUCCAAGCUGAGCCCAUCACGCCAGGUCGCCAACAUCAGACCAUCGCCUGAUGAGUGGGGCCGUCCUGGGGUCCGUGGGACUCGGUGCCCGGCGUGGCAGCCCGGCCACACCCGAGGACGGCAGACGUACGAGCUACCAACUAACCGUCUUGCUAAAGGCGAAUGGAGGAACGGGAAUGAGGAGGGUGUGAGGAUAUCCGGGGGCGGCCGCGGAAAGGGUUGAAGUCGAUAAAAAAAUUAUGUGCCCUCGUGUCGGAUUAGACAGGAAAAUCGGCUCCAUAACUUAUCUGUCGUCAUCAUGCCUCAAAAAAGAAUCAGCCUGCGGGGAUUGGACUUUCGCUGGUGGGGCCCCGCGACGGAGUGUGGGAUGGAAUCGCGAGUCGUGUGAUUGGGCUGAGUCGUUUCAGCGCAUUCGUCCCAUCUUCGAGAUCAUCCGAGAUCUUCGGCAUAGGCCAUUUGGAUGGGCGUGCUGCACGAGCACGGUAACUGCAGAACCACAUUGUCUUGUUCACGCGACACCCAGAUCUGGGUCAAUCGGCUCUAGUACGCAAGAAAAAAGGUCGGAAUCUAGAAUGCCAUGUCUGUGUUGUGCGUGUGUAAGUGCCGUGGAUCGGAUGCAUCGUGCAACACGUGAGCGUGCAGAAUGGUCUCGACUCAUCAGCAACCAGCAUGACCACCUUUUCCAUGCU